UUAAAAUUAACCAUACGAGAAUUUAAUUUUUUGUGUUAAAGACAUUUUUUAAUCUGUGUGAAUCGGUAUCGAGAUUAAUUUAAAUAAUUGUAAAUUAAGCAUUGUAUUAAAAUUAACACAACAAUGGCUCCGAAGGCUAAAUCAGUUGGCAUCAAACCCAAGGCCCAAACCUUUAAAGACAAGUCGAAACCAACCGAUGUCCGCCUGUCAAACAUUCAAGCGGCAAAGGCUGUUUCGGAUGCCAUCCGCACCAGUUUGGGUCCCCGCGGCAUGGACAAGAUGAUUCAGGCAGGCAAUGGUGAAGUUUCCAUUACGAAUGACGGUGCCACCAUUUUGAAGCAAAUGAAUGUUUUGCAUCCUGCUGCCAAAAUGCUGGUGGAGCUCUCACGGGCCCAGGAUGUGGAGGCUGGUGACGGCACCACCUCGGUGGUGGUCAUUGCCGGCGCUCUGUUGGAAGCCUGCGAGAAGCUCCUACAGAAGGGUCUUCAUCCCACUGCUAUUUCGGACUCAUUCCAACGUUGCUCGAACAAGGCUGUGGAGAUUCUCACUCAAAUGUCAACACCAAUAGAGCUGAACGAUCGCGAAACUCUGAUCAAAAGUGCAUCCACAUCCCUCAACUCCAAGGUGGUGUCACAGCAGAGCAGUCUCCUGGCUCCCAUUGCCGUCGAUGCUGUGCUGAAGGUCACCGAGCCGGGCAAGGAAACAGCUGUCGAUCUCAAGAACAUUAAAGUCAUCUCCAGCUUGGGUGGCACCAUCGAAGAUACCGAACUGGUAGAUGGUCUUGUCUUUACCAGCCGUUCGGCGGGAACUAAUGCACCCAAACGCAUUGAAAAGGCAAAAAUUGGUCUGAUUCAAUUCUGCAUCUCGGCUCCCAAAACCGAUAUGGAUCACAAUGUCAUUGUCUCGGACUAUGCUGCAAUGGAUCGUGUGCUGAAGGAGGAGCGCACUUACAUCCUAAACAUCGUAAAACAGAUCAAGAAGGCUGGUUGCAACGUUUUGCUAGUACAGAAAUCCAUUUUGCGUGAUGCCGUCUCCGAUUUGGCUCAACAUUUCCUUGACAAGAUCAAGUGUCUGGUUGUAAAGGAUGUGGAACGUGAGGAUAUUGAAUUUGUUUGCAAGACUUUGCAUUGUCGUCCGAUUGCCUCAUUGGAUCAUUUCACGGCUGAGAAUCUGUCCAGUGCCGAUUUGGUCGAAGAGGUGUCCAGUGGCACAAAUAAGUUUGUCAAGAUCACAGGCAUUCAGAAUCAGGGACGUACUGUAUCGAUUAUAUGCCGUGGCUCCAAUAAAUUGGUGCUUGAAGAGGCCGCCCGCUCUCUCCACGAUGCCCUCUGUGUGGUGCGUUGUUUGGUGAAGAAGCGUGCCCAAAUUGUUGGCGGUGGUGCACCAGAGAUUGAGAUGGCUCUUCAAUUGGCUGCCGUUGCCCAGACAGUUGAGGGUGUGGAUGCCUAUUGUUUCCGUGCCUUUGCCGAUGCCCUAGAGGUCAUCCCAUCAACUCUGGCCGAGAAUGCUGGCCUGAAUCCCAUUGCCACAGUCACCGAGCUAAGGAAUCGUCAUGCUCAGGGUGAGAAAACGGCGGGCAUUAAUGUCCGUAAGGGAGCUAUUACCGAUAUAUUGGCCGAGAAUGUGGUACAACCGCUGCUGGUCAGUACAUCGGCCAUCACUUUGGCCACCGAGACCAUACGCUCGAUCUUGAAGAUCGAUGAUAUUGUCAACACUUUCAGUUAAAUGUGAGGCCCCCAUCUCUCAAAACAUCUUUCCCCAUAUACCACACUCUGAAUCAAGAUCAGGAUCAAGCAUUUUUUCAUCCAUCUAAAAAAAAAACACAAACAACCUUUCACAUCUUGAAUACAAUUCACAUACUUACUACACACUACGCACUACGCCUUACCAACUUAAAAUGUAUUUAAACAAAGGAAAAAACAAAAAAGAAUAAAAUUAUCGCUUUGGUAUUAACAACUAAACAAAACUCCAAAAAUAUAGACUUUGAAAAUUUA